AUGUGCCCGCCGGUUUUCUACCUGAGCGCUGUUUCCGGUUUUCUACCUGGGCGCUAUUUCCGGUUUUCUACCUGGGCGCUGUUUCCGGUUCUCCAGGCUUUUCCGGGGGAGGGUCCUGCAGCGGCCGAAUCACAUCCUUCUUCCAUCAGCCGCGCCCGAGCAUCUGAAAAUGAACAAAUUCCAGUUUCCUUCAAUGACCUGACUGUGGACUUCACCCAGGCUGAGGGGCAGCAGCUGGACCCCCCUCAGAGGCUCCUGUACAGGGACGUGAUGCUGGAGAACUACAGUAACCUAGUCUCGGUGGGGUAUCACGUUAGCAAACCAGAUGUGCUCUUCAAAUCGGAGCGAGGAGAAGAGCUGUGGACAGUGGAGGGAUUCCCACAUCGGAACCACCCAGGUGUUGAUGAUGCCUCAGAGAAAGACAAGGAAAUCCAAGGCAGACAUUUGAGGCACAUUGUUUUCUUCAACAGUAAAACACUGGUUACAGAGAGGGCUGAUGUAUUUGGGAAAACAUUUAGUAUGGGCACAAAUAUUGUUCCCUCAAGAAAAACACAGUACAACUAUAAUCCAUGUGGAAACAAUGUGAAAACUAAUUCAGAGGUAAUUGUUGCAAAGAAAAGCUGUUUUAAAAAGGUUCCUGAUGAAUACAGUGGAGGUGGAAAACCACUACUCCACUCUAAGCAUGAGAAAAGUCAUUCUGGAAUAAAAAAAUACAAAUAUAAUCCAAUUUGGAAAGCCAGAAGUCAAAAUGAAUAUCUUAUUCUGCACCAGAACAUUCAGACUUUGAAACAACUUUUUGACUAUAAUAAAUGUGGGAAAACUUUCUUCAAAAGGGCAGUCAUCAUUACACAGAAGAGGGUACAUGCUUACAGGAAACUAAAUGAAUGUAAUGAAUGUAGGAAAACCUUUUCUAAGAAGUCCACUCUCAUGGUACAUCAGAGAAUUCAUACAAGGGAGAAACCCUAUGUUUGUAAUGACUGUAGGAAAACCUUCUGUGUAAAGACAAACCUCACUCGAUACCAAAGAAUUCAUACUGGAGAGAGACCCUAUGAAUGCAGUGAAUGUGGGAAAACCUUCACUGACAAAUCAGCCCUCAUUGUACAUCAGAAAAUUCACAGAGGGGAGAAAUCCUAUGAGUGUAAGGAAUGUGGAAAGACCUUUCAAAAGUCAGCCCUCACUGAAUAUUUCAGGUCACACACAGGGGAGAAACCUUAUGACUGCAAGGAAUGUGGGAACGCCUUCAGCAAGAAAUCUUGCCUUGCUGUUCACCAAAGAACUCAUGGAGGAGAGAAACCCAGUGAACGUAAGGAAUGUGGGAAAACCUUCUUCUGUCAGUCAGCCCUUACUGCACAUCAGAGAAUUUGCACAGAAGAGAAACCCUAUGAAUGUUGUGAAUGUGGGAAAACCUGUCAGUCAGCCUUCAGUGUGCAUCAGAGAACUCAUACGGGAGAGAAACCCUAUGAAUGCAGUCAAUGUGGGAAAUUUUUAUGUACUAAAUUGACCCUCAUUGCGUAUCAGAUAACUCAUAGAGGAAAGGAAUUUUAUGUAUGUAAUGAAUGUGGGAAAUCCUUUUGCCAUAAGUCAACACUCUCUAUAUACAUCAAAGCUCACACAGGAGAGAAACACAAUGUGUUUAAGAAAUGUGGUAGAACAUUCAUUAUGAGGUCAGACCACAAUGAACAUAAGAGAAUUCACACAAAGGAGAAUCUUUAUGAGUGUAAUGAACGUGGGCAUGCCAUCAGCAAAAGCUCACACCUUGUUGAACAUCAGAAAACUAUAGGGGAGAGACCAUAUGAAUAUAACGAAUGUGGGAGAACCUACUGCCGGAAGUCAGCCGUCACUCACCACCAGAGAACGCAUACAGAAGAGAGACCCUAUGGGUGUAAUGAAUGUGGGAACACCUUCUGCCAAAAGUUCUCCUUCAUUGAACAUCAGCGAACUCACACUGGGGAGAAACCGUAUGAAUGUAAUGGAUGUGGGAAAUCCUUCUGCCGUAAGUCAGCCUUCAGGGUACACUGGAGAAUUCACACAGGAGAGAAACCCUGUGAAUGUAGUGAAUGUGGGAAAACCUACUGUCAGCUGUGGACUUUCACUGAACAUCAGAAAAUACACGGGGAGAAACCCUAUGAGUGUAACAAAUGUGAGAAGACAUUUCACCACAAAUCAAACUUCCUUUUACAUCAGACAACUCAUAAGGAGUGAAUUCCAAGAAAGCAGUGACCCACAAAGCAGCAAUUCAAAUAAUUUA